AGGCAGUCUGCUCGAAGAAGCCGGCCCCGCUCAAGCACAAGUUUGUGGACGAGCCGUGGGAGGCGGGCUUCGACGAGGGCAUUCUGCAGAUGAUGGAGAAUCGGGACAAGAUUCGGGAAGAGACGGGCCAGGUGAUGGAGGUGAUGAGCCGCGAGGAGAUGGACCAGAUGUCCGAUGGCGACAAGGAGGCGCAGGCGGCGCAGGACGUCUUCGCGCAGCAGCUGCGGGAGGCGCGGGAGGAGAGAGGCCUAGGAACUGGAAGGGCAAGGAGCUGUGACGGCGGCCGCGGCCGGCCGCGGCGGCGGCUCUGCUGAUCCAGGGCGGGCGCCUCGGCCCGCGCCCGCG